CCGGGCGCCGCCGGCGCAUGCGUAUUGGGGAUCUGAGGCCAGUGCCUUGCGCCGCCAUUGCGGGGAGGCUGUCGUCAGAGCUGGCCUGGCGCGCGGGCAGCUGGACCGGCCCCAGGAGCCCAGUCACCGGGCGUCAUUGGCUCAGGCGGUGGGGCCCUCGGCACCUUCUCCCGCCCGGGUCCACCCUGGCUGCGGCGGCGGCGGCGGCGGCGGCGGCGGCGGCGUCAGGGGGCGGAGCCUGCCGGAGCGCCCUUUGUCUGCGGAGGUCAACAUACCUGGUGUAAGGAGGCAGGAUUGAGAGUGACUCUCACCCACCACUGGUGUUUCUCUUUGAAAGUGGCGCUUGGCACCAGCAUGAACUCCCCGCCUUCAGCAGUCCCACCAGGUAUUUUUGGUCUUCAACCCAAAAUUCUAUCUUGCAAGAUCCCUGCCAGGAUACAGAUUUGAAUACCAUAGUGAAGUCUGUACAUGAGGAAGUGAUGCCUUUAGGGAGGGGAAAAAACGGUAAUAACAACCUUCAAGAGCCCCUACAUCUCAACUCGGCAUAAACAAGGCAAGAUUCUGAGAGUGGCCACCCCUGGAAGCAGAAAUCAUUCUUGUGCCUAUCCAUUGGCUCCUGAGGCUCUCAUCAGAGAUGGGGCACCUUUAGUACCAGGGAGUGGCUGUUCCCCAUAAGGUACUGGAAAUCAACUUUCAAGAGCAGCCCCAGCUGCUGAAGCUACUGGUCCUGGUGCGUCUCCUGACUGUCAUGUAGAAGAUAGCAGAGCUUUGGCAACUUUACAACUAAGAACUGCAGAGAGGUGUAAUCCCAGUGGAAGACUGAAUCCAGAGACUCAAAAAGGAAGAAUGCUGUUUUUUCUCAGGAGGGGAACAUGGAGGAGAAAGAAAUGAAUGAUGGCUCACAGAUGGUGAGAUCCCAGGAAUCACUGACGUUUCAGGAUGUGGCCGUGGACUUCACCAAAGAGGAGUGGGACCAGCUGUACCCUGCCCAAAAGAACCUCUAUCGAGACGUGAUGCUGGAGAACUACAGGAAUCUGGUUGCACUGGGGUAUCAGCUUUAUAAGCCAGAGGUAAUCGCACAGUUGGAGCUAGAGGAAGAGUGGGUGAUAGAAAGAGACAGCCUGCUGGACACUCAUCCAGAUGGAGAAAACAGGCCGGAGAUCAAAAAGUCAACCACAAGCCAGAAUAUUUCUGAUGAAAAUCAAACCCAUGAGAUGAUAAUGGAGAGACUCUCUGGAGACUGCUUCUGGUACUCCAUCCUAGGAGGACUCUGGGAUUUUGAUUACCAUCCGGAGUUUAACCAAGAAAACCACAAGAGAUAUUUAGGACAAGUAACUUUGACCCACAGAAAGAUCACACAGGAGAGAAGCCUUGAGUGUAAUAAAUUUACAGAAAACUGUAAUCUGAACUCAAACCUUAUGCAUCAGAGAAUUCCUUCUAUUAAAAUACCCCUGAAUUCUGACACACAGGGAAACAGCAUCAAACAUAAUUCAGACUUGGUUUACUCUCAGGGAAAUUAUGUAAGAGAGACACCCUAUGAAUACAGUGAGUGUGGAAAAAUCUUCAAUCAACAUAUUCUUCUUACUGAUCAUAUUCAUACCACAGAGAAACCCAACCACAACUCAUCUUUUACCCAGCCUCAGAUGGUGCUUACAGGAGAGAAACCCUAUAAGUGUGAUGAAUGUGGAAAAAGAUUCAGCCAGAGGAUACAUCUCAUUCAACAUCAGAGAAUUCACACGGGAGAAAAGCCUUUUAUAUGCAAUGGAUGUGGGAAAGCCUUCCGUCAGCAUUCAUCCUUUACUCAGCAUCUGAGGAUUCAUACUGGAGAAAAGCCCUAUAAAUGUAAUCAAUGUGGUAAAGCUUUUAGCCGCAUCACAUCCCUUACUGAACAUCAUAGACUUCAUACUGGAGAGAAACCUUACGAAUGUGGUUUCUGUGGCAAAGCCUUCAGUCAGAGGACACAUCUGAAUCAACAUGAAAGAACUCAUACAGGAGAGAAACCCUAUAAAUGUAAUGAAUGCGGGAAAGCCUUUAGCCAGAGCGCGCACCUUAAUCAACACAGGAAAAUCCAUACUCGGGAGAAACUAUGUGAAUAUAAAUGUGAGCAAACAGUUUGCCACAGUCCUUCACUUAGCAGCACAUAACUUGUGGUGGGGGAAAUAGAUAAAUAAAUAAAUGUAGGAGAUUUUUUGGUCAGACCUUUUUAUCCCAUUCAAUAUAAAAUUAUUCAUAGUGGAGAGAAAGCUUAUACAUAAACUUUCUUUCUUUCUUUCUUUUUUUUUUUUUUGA